AUGUCUGCGCUCAUGCGCACUAGCCGCUUCAUGCACCGAGGAUGCGCCAGCUUCCUUGCGCGUGAGGUUUCGCUCAAGAGCGCCGACCACACCCAGCUCUUCCUCCGCUUUACCGAAGCGGACGAGGGGCGAUGGAGCUAUAUCCUUCUCCUCGACUUCGACUUCAAACCCACCAAACUCCCAGGGGAAACGACGGCGGACUUUGCCAGGGGCCUCGCACGGGCGACGCGCCUCCACACACUCAAGGUCCUCAACGCCCGCACCUGGACUCUUCAACUUAUAAGCGCAAUACGCGAUCUUCCGUCCAUCAAGUGCAUUGAGGUCCGCCAGUGCAGCUUCUCUGGGUGGGACCUCGCCUCUCAACUCCCUCUCGAGUCCGUGCACCUGGGACACCGCACGGUGAACAAGGUCCUAAACCCGCACAUGCCGUCCUCCGUCCCGCCGUCGGUUCUGCACGCCUCCCGGAACACCCUCACCUCGCUAACGGUCUUCUACUGGCCGCUCCCUCGUGCGGCCGCGAGCGAGCAGGGGGAGUUCGUCUUCCCCGCCCUCACCCACCUCGUUCUGCACGCCGGAUAUUGGCAGGCCCUCGACGCGGAGGACGUCGCGGCGUGGCCCCGCGCGUUCCCCAGCCUGCGCACGCUCGAGCUCAGCGUCGCGUUCCGGGCACGUAUGCGGUCGCCCAGCCCCGGCGUCCUCCACCUCGCGCUCGCGCAGUGGGCCGCGGAUGUCGUGCGGCACCGCGGCAGCGCGCGCGCAUGGCCCGCGCUCGACCGCCUCGCGUGCGCGCGCGGGGACGUGCACUGCCUGGGCCCGCCCUGCCCCGUCCGCACGCUCGCGCUCGAGCUCGACGACGCGGACCUGCCCCUCCUCGACGUGCUGUUCGCCGCUGCGCGCCCGGCGCGGCUCGAGGCCGCCUUCCGGCCCCUGCGGCGCGGCGGGCACGACGUGGUCGACGCGCUGCGGCUCCCUGGGCUCGACGGCGUGACGGCGCUCGCGCUCCGCGUCGAGUUCCGCUGCCGCCUCGAGGACUUUUUGAGCCCGUUCAUGGAGUGGCUCGCGGCUCGGCCCCGGCUCCAGGGCCUCACGCUCGAGCUGAGGCACCCGGCGCUCUUCGUGGCGGGGGACGAGCUCGACACAAUCGCGGAGCGGGUGUGCAGGCGGGUGCUCGCGGGCAGCCCCGCGCUCCCGCUCGCGACGGUGGUCGUCGGCGGCGAGGAGCAGCGCGAACGGGCGCGCGUGCGGAUGCUCCGCGGCGGGCGGCGCGUGGAUCCUGGCGUGUGGCGGGAGGGGGUCGUGGACGCGGAGUGGGGGGAUUGCAGUUGA